AUGGCAGGCUCAUCAAUCAGGAACUCGGUGCAUCGCCGCAACCACAAAGAACGAGCUCAACCUCUCGCUCGAGCCAAACUCGGUCUCCUUGAAAAGAAGAAAGACUACGUCCUCCGUGCUCGGGACUACAAGUCCAAGAAAGAACGUCUCAAACGUCUCCGUGAAAAAGCAGCUUUUAGGAACAAGGAUGAGUUUUACUGGGGGAUGAUCAAGGCCAAGACGCAGGGGGGUGUGCAUGUGCAGGAAAGGAGUUCUAGUAAUACGUUAGGGGUGGAUGAGGUCAAGCUGUUGAAAAGCCAGGAUGCGGGUUAUGUGAGGUUGGCGAUUGCCAAGGAUGAGAGCAAAAUCACCGCUCUCAAGACCCAACUCCAAGUCCUCACCUCCCUCUUCCCCUCCCUUCCCUCCGCUAGCAACUCCGACCCGGAUAGCUGGUCCGACAUGGACGAAGGAUCCGCAGACGAAGACGCCGACGAGUUGGAAGAUGUCGACAUGGAGACCCUAGAAGAAGCUGGACUGGUCGCUCGGAGCAAGAAGGUCAACGUCAAGGGUAAAGGGAAGGAGACGGGACAGGUUGGGCGGGGGCAUACGGUUUUUACCGACGACAAGGACGAGCUGCUAGAAUGGGAACCUACCGCUCGAGCAUCAAAACCCACUCAAACCGAAUCAUCAAGGUCAGAAUCGGUAGAGGAGGUCGACCUCGGUUGGGUGACGACGAAUCGACGAGCACCGCAACCACAAUCGAAAUCGAAAUCAAGAGCAGAGGAACCUAGUGCGAUAGAAUCCGAUGAGGAUGAGGACGAUGAUGAUGAUGUGAAUGAGAUGGGAGAGAUAGAAGUGGACGUCAAGCGGGCCGAGCAGAAACGGGUGGAAAAGGAUCUACGGAGAGAGGCCAACCAACACCGCCACCUACUCCUGCUCGAGCUGCAACAACGUCUCAAGCGUCUAACGCAGCUUCGAUCGGUCUUGACCCAGAUCGAAUUGCAAAAACAGAUGAUGGGCAAGGGAGGGGUGAUCAAGAAGAAGGAUGCCGAGCGGAUCGUCCUGCCGAGUCUGAGAAAGGGGCGGAUGGCCAGGGAAGGCAAGCGGGAUGAUAACGGGGACGACGAUGACGCUGAUGGCCGGGUCGUACAUCACGGCAAGGUCAUGAAGUGGAAGGCUGAGCGUAAACGGUGA